CGAAAGGCAUUAACCCAAGGAUGCACGAAAACGAACAAACAUCGAAACUCAGCGUCGGCGCCGACGUCGAACGUAACGGAGGGGUAGACGCCGUGCGUGUUACAACGACUCUCAUGAAAAGCGUUUCCUUGUUCCUCACGAGUGCUUGGAAGGCUUCUGUAAACGUAAAAAGACCGCCCUCGGUUAAGCCAACGAAACAAGAGCCACGACGUCCGCGUAAAAAAAAAAUGCCGGAAAGCGGAAACGCCAGGAAUUCUGCUUACAUUGUCAAGAUUAUCGAGUCUCUCAAAAAGAAGACUAAAUUUAGCAGAAUAGAAUUAGAUGGACUCUGCAAACUUUAUAAAAAAUUAACAACGCAAGCUGUCCAGCAACAAGUGAAUCCAUCGAUGGGUAUUUACAGAAGGCCAAGGCCAAUACACAAUGUCGAGGGUAUCGAUAGAUCUAUUUUUCGCGAUCUCCUUCACAAUACUUUCAAAGUUAUAACCGAGGAUACGUUAGUGGAACGAUUGUUUUGUUGUUGGGAUCGCGAAAAUGAAGGUGCUAUUAGAUUAGAAUCGUGGAUCAUGGGUCUCGAUGUUUUCCUCCGUGGCAAUCUACAGGAUAAAACCGAUUUCUGCUUUCGUGUUUACGAUUUAAACAAUGACGGUUUUAUUACGAAAGAUGAGAUCUUUCAAUUAUUUAAAAAUUGUUUAAUAAAGCAACCAGGAGAAGAAGACCCGGACGAGAGUAUACGAGAUUUAUCAGAAUUGGCUUUGAAAAAACUCGAUGUCAAUCACGAUGGGAAAAUAUCAUUUGAAGAUUAUGAAAAAGCUAUUAUAAAAGAACCAUUGCUACUCGAAGCUUUCGGACAAUGUUUACCCACGGAAGAAAAUUGUACAGCCUUUAUCAAAUCAUUACAACAUUGAAUCAC